AUGGGGGAGACAUGCGAGUCCUUCUUCUGCCCAGGCAUCAGCAGCGUGAACCAGCUUGGGGGUCUCUUUGUAAAUGGCAGACCUUUGCCCCUGGACACCCGGCAGCAAAUCGUGCGGCUGGCCAUUAGCGGGAUGAGACCCUGCGACAUCUCACGGAGCCUCAAGGUCUCUAAUGGCUGUGUGAGCAAGAUCCUAGGGCGGUACUAUCGCACAGGGGUCUUGGAGCCCAAGGGUAUUGGGGGGAGCAAGCCUCGCCUGGCCACACCCACUGUGGUGGCUCGAAUCGCCCAGCUGAAGGGCGAGUGUCCAGCUCUCUUUGCGUGGGAGAUCCAACGCCAGCUGUGUGCUGAAGGGCUCUGCACCCAGGACACGACUCCCAGUAUCUCCUCCAUCAACCGGGUCCUGCGGGCACUACAGGAGGACCACGGACUCCCCUGGCCACAGUUCCAGCCACCAGUUGUUUUGGCUCCAGUUCCUCCUGCUCCCCACAGUGGUUCCAAGGCCCCUCGGGGUCCUCACCCAGGGACUGGCCACCGGAAUCGGACCAUCUUCUCCCCAGGCCAAGCCGAAGCACUAGAGAAAGAAUUCCAGCGUGGGCAGUAUCCUGAUUCAGUGGCCCGUGGAAAGCUGGCUGCUGCUACCUGCCUUCCCGAGGACACAGUGAGGGUCUGGUUUUCUAACCGAAGAGCUAAAUGGCGUCGGCAAGAGAAACUCAAGUGUGAAACACAACUACCAGCUGCUUCCCAGGGUCUUGCUGGACCAGGUGCUUCCUCAGGAAUCCUGACUGCACAGCAGUCCCCUGGCAGUGUGUCCACAGUAGCUCUGCCUGCUCUGGAGGCCCUGGGUCCUUCCUGCUACCAGCUCCACUGGGGGGUAACACCUGACAGAAGUUUGAGUAACACCUCACCCCAAGCUUGGUUCGAGUCCUGCUGGGGCUGCUUGUCCCCAGACCCGAGUUCCCUGGAUUCAGUUCAGAUUUGCCAGCCUUGCUUUUCCUUCCACACCCCUGUCGCCAGUCUUGGUGCCCACCAAGCCUUGGCAUGGCCUGGCUCCCUACCCCUACGGGCCUAG